AUGGGGUAUAACAACAACGAAAAGCCACUACGUGACUACGCAAUGCCGAAUGCUAGUGGAGCAUCUUCAAGUAUUGUAAGGCCUACUAUUUCUGCUAAUAAUUUUGAGCUUCGCCCUGCUUUAAUUCAAAUAAUUCAGCAAGACCAAUUUAGUGGCCUAGAUAAUGAAGACCCUAAUGAACAUAUAACCACUUUUCUUGAAAAAUGCGAUACUGUUAAGUUAAAUGGAGUGACUGACGAUGUUAUUCGACUUGGUUUGUUUCCGUUUUCACUUAAAGAUAAAGCUAAAAUGUGGUUAAAAUCUAAUCCACCUAAUUCAUUUACAACAUGGGCUACAUUAUAUCAAGCUUUUCUUAGUACAUAUUUUCCUCCGGGAAAAACUGCUAAGUUUAGAAAUAAUAUAACUACUUUUGCUCAAUGUGAUGGGGAGUCUUUAUAUGAAGCAUGGGAAAGGUUUAAAGAUUUACAACGUAAAUGUCCUCCUCAUGGUGUUCCUGAUUGGUUACUAGUGCCAACUUUUUAUAAUGGUCUGAAUGAAUCUGUUAGAAUCACUAUAGAUGCUGUCGCAGGAGGUGUAAUAAUGGGUAAAACUACUGAAGUAGCUAAUAGGUUACUUGAAGAAAUGGCUUCUAAUAAUUAUCAUUGGUCUAAUAAUAGGGGUAAACCAAAGAAUGCUGCUGGUAUGUAUGAAGUAGAAGGAAUUAACAUGUUAAAUGCAAAAGUUGACAACUUAGUUAAUUUGUUUACUAAAAUGAGUAAUGUCAAUUCUAUGUCUACUACUAUGCCAUGCUGGAGAAACCACCCUAAUUUCUCUUGGAGGAAUACAGGCCAACAAAAUGUUAAUGUUAAUUCACAACAUUGCCCUGGCUUCCAUCAAAAACAACCCCAACAAGAAAUUAGACCAUCUUGGGAACUAGCUAUUGAAAAAUUAGCUAAUGCUACUUCUGAAAGAAUUGAAAAGUUGGAAACAAAAGUUGAUCAAAUUGCUAUUUCUAAUAGAAAUGUAGAACUUCAACUUGGAAAAUUAGCUAAUGCCAUCAAUUCUAGAAGUCAAGGAGUUUUGCCUAGUAAAACUGAAGUUAAUCCUAAACAACACUAUAACGCUGUCACUCUUAGAAAUGGCAAGGAGUUAAGUAGCAUAAAAAGUACGAUUAAAGAAAAUGAGGUGGCCAAUGAAAGUGAAAAAGAGAAAGAGAAUUAUGAAGCUGAAAAAGAUCCUGAAUCGACACCUCUUCCCCCAGUGACACCUUAUGUUCCCCCUAUUCCUUUUCCACAAAGACUUAAACAAACUAAAUCAGAUAGUGAAUUUCAUAAAUUCUUGAAAAUGUUUAAGCAAUUGCAUAUUAACAUUCCUUUUAUUGAUGCUUUAAUGCAAAUUCCUUCUUAUUCUAAGUUUCUUAAAGAAAUUAUGUCUAAAAAGAAGAAGUUGGAAAAAUAUGAAACCAUUGCUUUGAGUGAGGAAUGUAGUGCUGUGAUUCAGAAAAAGCUUCCUCCUAAACUGAAAGACCCAGGAAGUUUUUCCAUUCCUUGCACUAUAGGUGAUAAUAAAUUUUCUAAAGCCUUGUGUGAUUUAGGUGCAAGUGUCUCUCUUAUGCCUUUAUCUAUUUGCAAGAAGUUAGGAUUGCAUAAUAUAAAAUCUACUACUGUAUCUUUGCAACUUGCCAAUAGAUCUAUCAAAUAUCCAAUAGGAAUACUAUAA